CCAUCACUAGGCUGACUUUUACGCGAGGACCGCUGGUGUUUUUGACCGAACAGAUCCACCAAACGAAUUCACAUGAACAUUCGGAUUUUUGGAGAAACAUUGACCAACGUCGAGCCAAAUGAACCGUGCGCACCUGUUAAAAGCGUUUUGUUCUGGAACGUUUUGGUUCUACUACUGUACGAGCGAGGCCUGAAGAAGCGCUAGGAUGACAAAUGCUACUACAGGUGAUGCCAACUCGUAUCCAUACAUACGUGUUUGGGCAGCGGGGGUUUCUUUGAUCAUUUUGGCCUUUUUCAACUUGCUCAUCAACUGGACUAUAGUGCGCGAGGCGCGCCUGCGGAGCCACGCGCGCUUCGUUCUCGUGUUCCACUUGUUGUUCUCCGCGCUGGUUUACUUCGCAGUAAGCUUUAGCUUUAACUUACAAAGCUACCUGAAAGCAGCGACCACGCGAAACAUAUGCAUGACGCUAAUCAAAGGUCUGAUGACAAGCGGCUCCAAUAUCAUCCUCACCAUCACGGCGAUGGCGCUGGACCGUUACUUUGCCAUAUGUUACCCGCUCCACUAUAGCAAAGUUUGUUUCAAACCCUGGCCGUGGCUCAUCGGUAUCUUAACAUGGGGACUCGCGUCGAUUAUUCCUCUUACCCUGUCGCCCAAAAUAAAUGACACUGUGCCCUGUGGAAGGGAAGCUCUACAAGGCGGAGAAAUGCACAAAAUCGUUCUAAUAACAAUUUGCACUGUUCUUAUCGUGUACAGCUAUGUACGGAUCUUAUAUGAGGGGCGUCGUCUGGGUGUGUUGAACCGGCGCAACCGAGCUGCGUGUAGGACUAUCGCUCUCCACGGCACGCAGCUCGCCGUCUACAUCCUCCCCAAUUUCAUACUGUUUUUUCUGUAUAUCCUUUACCGCAAUGAGUUACUCGACAGAUCCACAAAAGAGCUUUUUGCGGUCAUAAGUUUUGCCUUCUUCAGCCUGGCGCAGUGCAUUGCGCCGAUCGUGUACGGACUGCGUAAAGAGGAACUGCUGGAACAUCUUAAUCACCGGUUCCCGUGUUUAUCCGGCCGGUUGAAGCGCAUUUUGGAGUGGACUGUCAACAUCACACAUCCCAAUCGGCGUCGCCAGCAAAGGGAGAGGAGAAUGACUUCAGAGACGUUAUUAUCAAGAGAGAUCUCACAGACGACUGUGUGACAUCUUUGGAGUAAGAGACAGACCUGAUGAUGAGUUCUUCAAAAGGAAUAUUUACUUACCAAGACAAACGCUAUGCAAUCCAUCCGAUGUGCUGCAUAUCUUAAGUUCAACACAUUUUUCACUGAGAAAACAAAGUUGUGACUUUUAGAAAACUGUUAGUUUCAUUCUGCAAGCCAUAACUUCAUUAAGUUGGAGUAAAAUACAGCAGCUACAUUGUUCAGGAAUGACUUUUGCUGAAGACAUCGUCAACUGUGAAUAUUAACUGUAAAUAGUACCGGUGACUUAUUGUCAUGCGAACAAGUAACAAUUAGGAUGUGAAUUCUUAUUUUUCUAAAAUCUCUAGUAUCCUUUGUUUUGGCAAAACAUAACAGUAUUUUGCAGUCAUAUAUAUAAGCUAAUGACCCAAAUUAACCAACUAUAAAACUUAGACUGUGAAACAGGUUUAAUGAAAUUGUAAUUUAUGUGUAGUUAAACUGGUGACACUGAAAGAUUUGUAGUAUUUGAUACGCAAUGUUUGUAACCACAGCAUCCUGAGUUUUCAAGACACACUUGCUUAAUAAGGUCACUAACGUUCUAUUACAAUUUCCUAUAAACGGUCUCUUUACAAUAUACUGCAUUCAGAAACGAAUGCACUGGUGAAAGGACAAAACGUAUGAUACUGGGAGAUUUCAAAUAUCGUUAAGCACUGCAACACAGAGUGAGUAUUUAUAAUUACGUCAGGCUGGUGCAGCUGUAUACGGUUAACACGUGUUUUUUGUAUGUUUGCUUUAGAAGUAAUUACAUGCCUACUGGGAGAUGCCACCGAAAAUGAAAGAAGAAUAGAUUAGAUAUGUGUAAUUUCUAAAUCGCAGAUGUUGAUGUGGUAUUGCCCAUUUGUAAUAAAGACCUUUUGUAUUUAUUUUAAGAGCAUAAUGUUAUUUAGUUCACAAGUCCCAU